GCAUGUUUUGACUUAGAAUAUUUGUUGAAUAUUAGAAUAUAUAUUUUACUGUUACUGGGAUAGGCUCCAGCAUACCCACCUGUGAGGAUAAGUGGCAUAGAAAAUUGAUGGAUGGAUUUUGCUGUUAAGGAUUAUAGUAGUAGUAAUAAUGCAAAUGGAAAUAAUUAUACCAUUCAAGUAGUUGCAGUUGAUCUUCAGUCCUUUAGGUAGCAGUGUAGACAUUACAGCGCAGACAAAUGAAGUAGAUCAGCGGGCAUAUAAUUAGUAUAAAUUUCUUAUAAACCUAAAGAAAGUAGAAAGAAAGCCCACUUAUCUCAGUUUAAAGUUGGAAGUUGUACUUGAUAUGGUGCCACUCCUGUCCUCUAGGUGGCAGUAUUGUGUGUUACAAAGUGUUUGCCCACUGGGAAAACAAAUGCACCUGCAUUUCCUUGAAUAAUAGUUUGUUAUUAGCAUUAGCAUUCCGUCAUAUAAAGUAGAAGUAAUAAGACGUGUGUAGAGCUUCGACUUUAGCUAAAUAUACUUAAUUUGCAAGCAGCUGAAAAUGAGCAGACAAUUUUACAGCCAAGUUGGGACCCUCAAAACCAGAUUCAUCCACUUAUUCAUCACUUAUGCCUCCUUAAAAGUGGCAUUAAGGUUAAAGUACACUUCACUAGAACUCACUUCAUAAUCUGCCAUGACAGUUUUAGGCUCUUAGUGGAUAAUUGAAAAGGAACAUCAGGAGCCAUGGAGGAAGCAGACAACGGCACCAUUGAUCCAGCAUGUUUACAGGAGCCCCCACUGGCAAUGGAUGUGAUAAAGCAGCUAGAUGCGUUUGGGAUGUGCCUGUACGCCAUGCUCACCUUCAUGUCCUGCAUCUCCGUGCUGCUGUACCUGGAGCAGUGUGUUUACAUUUAUAAGAAUCUGCCCUACCCCAAAAAGACCACCAUCAUGUGGGUCAAUGGAGCUGCUCCGGUCAUUGCCACCAUGUCCUGUUUUGGAAUGUGGAUCCCCAGAGCCGUCAUGUUCACAGAUAUGACUUCAAACUGUUAUUUUGCAGUGGUGGUGUACAAAGUGUUGGUGCUUCUGAUAGAGGAGUUGGGCGGCAGCAGUGCAUUUCUGAAACGCUUUUCUGGGAAAACCUUCAAGAUCUCCACAGGGCCGUGCUGCUGCUGCUGCCUGUGUUUACCUCGUGUGCCCAUGUCACGGCGAAUGCUAUUUCUGCUAAAGUUGGGAGCACUUCAGUAUGCCAUCCUCAAGACUGUGCUCAGUGUCCUCUCCAUAGUACUCUGGACAAACGGCAACUUUGACCUCUCAGAUCUAGAGAUCACAGGCACAGCAAUUUGGAUCAACCCAUUCAUUGGCGUUCUCACCAUUACCUCUUUGUGGCCUGUAGCCAUCGUGUUCAUGAACACCAACAGCUUUUUACGCGAGAUAAAUAUUGUGCCCAAGUAUGCCAUGUACCAACUAGUACUUGUAUUAAGCCAACUGCAAACAUCCAUCAUCAACAUCCUGGCUCUGGAUGGAACCAUCGCCUGCUCCCCUCCCUUCUCCUCACAAGCUCGUGGAUCCAUGCUAAGUCAGCAGAUGAUGAUCAUGGAGAUGUUCAUCAUCACCCUGGUCACUCGCUUCUUCUACCGUCGCACUUAUGACACGCUUCUCUCUGAGGCACAUGACAACAACCACCAGAAGGACAGAGUUUCCCUGCAAGCUGCUCACAUGGAGCACAACGUCUGAAGGAGUGCGGUAAAAGAGGCUCUUUAUUCGAGGGACCAGCAACAGGUUUUGAGCUACAAAACUACCUCAUUGUUCUAAGAAAUUAUGUAUUAUUUUUUUUAUGAGUUCAACAGUAUUUACCAACUUGAAUUAGUUCUUGCCCUCUCUGAUAUAAUCAUUCUACUUUAAAAGGGAGAAACAUAAAGUUUGGUUUCAGGCAUUAACUUAAUCAUAAAUAAAGAAAUCAAGAAGUGGGGCUGAAAAUAAUUUCACCUCCAAAAGAGGCGCACUGCAUUACAUCGAUGAUUGCGAGGUCCCUGUCGGAUGUAAAGGUAGUUUGGGUCAAUCACAUAAACUACACUUUGUAGAUGUCACAUGACAUCAGUCAGCUGACAUUAAGCUUCCUCCUCCUGAGGCUAAGGUGAAUAGAUGUCUGAACUACAUGCAGAUGAAAUUUUCAACUUUAUUACAUUAUUAUUCUUAAUAACAUUUACGAACAUCCUUCUGGGUCCACGUUUACACCUCUCAGCACCGACAAAACUGUUUUGCAUUAUGUACUCUAUGUACUUUAUGUUAAGCUUAGUUUACUUUGGAGAGUACGAAAUUUAAAUGUUAUUUCAUCAUCAAGUGUGCUCUACAUCAUGCUCACACCAAAACUUAUGGUGUCUGUUUGAUGUGGAUGAGGCAGCAGCCUUUCUUGCUGUUUUUCUAAUGACCACAAGAGGGCGUGUUCCACUUGAAAACCUCAUUCAUUGCAGUGAAAAUAAAAAUCCCUUCCCUCGCCCUCUACUCAUGACUCAUUUAUAAUCGCAUUUACAUGCAGGGAUUCAUGCAGAGAUAAUUAAGAGGCAUAAAAUAAAGUUGUUUCAGAUAGGUUUGCAUACAAGCAAAGUGAUUUAUAGUUAUUUUAAUUGAACGCAAUGAUGGUUUUUUUUUAUUUGUAUACUGUAUGAUUAAUUCAAUUAUAUACAUAUGUGGUGUGAAAAAGUAUUUGCUCCCUUCCCGAUUUCUUGUUUUUUCCACUCUUAAAUCUUUCAAAUGAACAAAUUUAAAUAUUACUCAAUGACAACACUGAACAUAAAUGCAAUUCUUAAACUAAACUUUUUAUGAUGAAGGGAGAAUAAAUAAAAUAAAAACCACAUGGACCUGUGUUUGCCCCCCCCCC